AUUGGAACGACGCUCCCCUAAUUUCUUAUUUACAUUUCUAAAUCAUUUGUCCAACAAAAUUUUCACAAAAAUAAAGAAAUGGCUUCAGGAAUACCAAAAAUUCAAAUUUUGUCGCUCUACAAAUCUCUAUUGAAGGAGUCUAACAAGUUUAACAACUACAAUUUCAGAGCUUAUGCUUUGAGGCGGGUUAGAGAUGCAUUCAAAGAAAACAAAUUCUUAACAGACCCUAAAUUGGUGAAGAAAGAGUUUGAAUAUGGCAAAGAAAAUCUGGCAAUUGUCAAACGACAGGUUGUUAUAGGAGACAUGUACCAGACAGAAAAACUAGUAAUAGAAAACAUACGGUAGAAAUUUU